UUUAUCUCUCAGUUUUGACAAAUUCUUACAUCUUAAAGUGCAAUUCCUCCUAAAUCCAGCGUCAACUUCACCUUAACACUCUCUAUAUAAUCACAUUCUCUUACACAUCCUUAACAUAAUCCAAAUCCAAAGUCAAAUACAUAUCAACAAUUUUUUGAUUCAGUGUAACAUAACAUUAACAUGGAUACCAACUACCAAACCAGUAUUCAUGUAACGAGGAGUUUAUCAGAUUGUGGUUCAUUAGCAACAAAUGUAAGUGAAGAAGAUUCUAUGGUAGUAAAGAAAGGUCCAUGGAUAGAAGAGGAGGAUACUGUUCUGAUGAACUAUGUGGCUGUUCACGGCGAAGGUCACUGGAACUCCGUCGCUCGCUGUUCCGGUCUAAAGAGAACAGGAAAAAGCUGCAGGUUAAGAUGGUUGAACUACUUGCGUCCAAAUGUUCGACGUGGGAAUAUCACUCUCCAAGAACAGCUCUUGAUUCUCGAUCUCCAUUCUCGUUGGGGCAACCGAUGGUCUAAAAUAGCGGAACAAUUGCCGGGAAGAACGGACAAUGAGAUAAAGAACUAUUGGAGGACAAGAGUGGUGAAGCAAGCAAGGCAACUCAAAUGUGAUGUAAACAGCCAGCUGUUCAGAGACACAUUGCGUUUCGAAUGGAUUCCACGUCUCAUCGAGAGGAUUCAGUCGACUCGUGCGACUGCCGAUACUAGUUUAUAUGAUCAUCAACAAGGCACCAAUUGUAACAAUACUAAAGCGCACAGUGAAACUUGUGGGACAAAUGCAAAUCCUCCUCCAUUGUUGAUGUCUGAGGUUUCAUCGUACUCGUCAGGGGUUGAUGUUCCAGUGGAAUCAAACCUAUCUUACAAUGUAAUGGAAAUGAAGGAAUUGGGAUCCACAUGGCAGGAUUGGAAUUGCUUAGACACAAAUAUUCAAGAAUUUGAACAUGACAAUGAUUUUGGUGGAUCAGAGUUGUGGACAGAAGAAAACAUAUGGUUCUUGCAGCAACAACUUGCUGAUGAUUUAUGAUCUAGUUUUUUUACAUUAGUUUAACAUUAAUUGACAUUUGUUCUAAUUUACUAUAUUUGAGUUUAAGUGACAUUGUUAAAUUUGAUGACAUUAUUUGUAAUUGUCCUGCUCUUACUGAUUAAUGAAUUAAGUGUUAAUUAGACUUUGUAUUAGU